AUGUUGUUAAUUCUUGCUGUGGUUUUGUUUAGUGGCUGUUAUGCGUCAUUUCCACAUCGUAACUUGACAUGGAACGAUAUAAAUUUUGUUCAUACCACCGAUACCCACGGUUGGUACUCUGGACACAUCAACCAACCUCUUUACCAUGCCAAUUGGGGAGAUUUCAUUUCGUUUACUACACACUUGCGGAGAAUUGCCCAUAGCCGGAACCAAGAUCUUUUACUUAUAGACAGCGGUGAUCGCCACGAUGGUAAUGGCCUAUCAGAUAUCACCAGCCCCAAUGGCCUAAAAUCAACCCCUAUUUUCAUCAAACAAGACUAUGAUUUGCUAACUAUCGGAAACCACGAGUUGUAUCUUUGGGAAAACUCAAAACAGGAAUACGAAACUGUGGUUAACCAUUUUCAGGAUAAGUAUGUUUGUUCAAAUGUGGAUAUCAGACUAGACAAUGGCCUGUUUGUUCCCUUGGGGCUGAAGUACAAGUAUUUUACAACACCGAUUAGAGGGAUUAGAGUUUUGGCUUUUGGGUUUUUAUUCGAUUUCAAGAGGUUUAAUAGUGGUACUAGAGUGACGCCAAUGGCAGAAACCAUACACGAGCCGUGGUUUCAGGAGGCAUUAAAACAUGAAGUCGAUUUGAUUAUAAUUGUGGGUCACACACCCAUUUCCCAUAACUGGGGAGAGUUUUACCAGGUUCACCAAUACUUGCGUCAGUUUUUCCCUGAUACGAUAAUUCAGUAUUUUGGUGGACACAGUCAUAUUCGAGACUUUACCGUGUUUGACAGUUUGUCUACAGGAUUACAGAGCGGAAGAUAUUGUGAGACCGUUGGCUGGACAAGUGUUAAUUUAGAUAAAGCGGAUCUAAACCUUCCUGUUAGACAAAGAUUUUCGAGAUCGUAUAUUGAUUUCAAUACCGACUCAUUUAAGUACCACACCAAUUUAGAUAAAGAGUUUGAUACCGCCAAGGGGAAACUGGUUUCCAAGUUGAUUCGAGAAACACGCAAAGAGCUCAAGUUAGAUACCUUGAUAGGCUAUGUCAAGACAAACUAUUAUGUUGAUUACGUUCCCAUCGAUCACCCCAAAAGCAUUUUCAAUUUGUUGGCUCUGAAAAUUCUCAAAACAUUACCGAAAUCCAAACAUGAAGAGCGAAUUACAAUUAUCAAUACUGGCUCAAUCAGGUACGACUUGUACAAGGGGCCAUAUACUAUUGACUCCAAAUUUAUUGUCUCGCCCUUUGAAAACAUAUGGGUCAAUAUUACAGUGCCAAAAUCAGUUGCCACUAAAGUAGCAGCAAAACUAAAUGACGCCGACUAUAUCAGUGCCUCUCGAUUGAAACCACCUCAUCAAUACGAUUUGCAAGUCCAGGACUUGAGUACUUCCCCCCACCAAGCUCACUUUGAGAUGCAGGAAAAACUCCCCAAAGGUUAUGUCACUCAUGAUGACUUUGGGGCUGAUGGCGACGAUACGUUGCAUCGUGCCGUAGUUAAUUUCCCAGUACCCAAUGUUAUUCAGAGUGUGGAAAUCAACGAUGAGGUAGAUUCGCCUGUCAACCUUGUGUUUUAUAGUUUUAUCACGCCAAAUAUCAUCUGGGCAUUAAAAGAGUUGAAUUUCUCUACUGAACAAGUACCAACACCAUAUUCUGACAUUUACUUAGGUACAUUGCUAAACGAAUUUGUUGCCAACAAUAAGAUCUAA